CGUGCCGGUACGCUCCGCCGCCCCGGGCACCGACGGGCACCGGAGCGGGCUAUGCCGCCGUUACCGGGACUCCCCUCCUUGCUCUCCCCGUUGCUCCUGCUCUGCCUCAACCUCCUCCGUGCCGAGCCGCUCGCCUACCCUGCUGUCAUCUCCCCCCAAGACCCCACUCUGCUGAUGGGCUCCUCGCUCCUGGCCACCUGCACGGUCAGCCCCGACUUUCACCUGAAAGCCGAGGAUCUGUACUGGACCCUGAACGGGAGGCGCCUGCCCCCCACCUCCUACACCCCCCUGGGCCCCACAACCCUGGGGGUGGCCCUGGCCCACCUCAACGGCUCCAGGCAGCAGUCGGGGGACAACCUGGUGUGUCACAGCAGAGACGGCGGCAUCUUGGCCGGCUCCUGCCUUUACGUUGGAUUGCCACCAGAAAAACCAGUCAACAUCUCCUGCUGGUCCAAAAACAUGAAGGACCUGACCUGUAAGUGGGCACCAGGGACAGAAGGAGAAACCUUCCUGCCCACCAACUACACCCUCAAGUACAAGCUGAGGUGGUACGGCCGGGACAACACCUGCCAGGAGUACCACACAGCAGGACCCUACUCCUGCCACAUCCCCAAGGACCUGGCCCUAUUCACACCCUACGAGAUCUGGGUGGAGGCUUCCAACCGCCUCGGGGUGGCCGUCUCAGACGUGGUCAUGUUGGACAUCCUCGACGUGGUCACCACCGACCCUCCUUCCGACGUCCACGUCAGUCGGGUUGGGGACCUCGAGGACCAACUCAGCGUCCGCUGGAGCUCCCCCCCUGCCCUCAAGGAUUUCUUCUUCCAAGCCAAGUACCAGAUCCAAUACCGGGUGGAGGACAGCUCGGAGUGGAAGGUUGUGGACAACGUGGGCAACCAAACCUCGUGCCGCUUGGCCGGGCUGCGCCCCGGCACCGUUUACUUCGUCCAAGUCCGUUGUAAUCCCUUCAGCAUCUAUGGAUCCAAAAAAGCUGGGAUUUGGAGUGAUUGGAGCAAUCCCACUGCUGCCUCCACCCCCCGCAGCGAGAGGGCGUCGGGGGGCUGUGACCCCAAGGGGGGGGAGCAGAACACGACGUUGAGGAGGGAGCUGAAGCAGUUCCUGGGCUGGGUGAAGAAACACGCCUACGGCUGCUCCAACCUCGGCAUCAAACUCUACGACCAGUGGCGCGUGUGGCUGCAGAAAUCGCACAAAACACGCAACCAGGUAGGUCCUUCCCGCAGAUAAGCUGUAGCCCCCGGGGGCCCGAGGAACAGACGGGGCGCCCGGAGCCCCCCCCGGGACCACCGCCCCGCCGGGGGGGGGUUGCAGGAAGGCGAACGGGGCAACACGGGGCCCCCACAGCUCCGGGGGCCGGACUGGGCUGGGACCCACAGCCCCCCACAGCCCCUGGCAGCAAGGGGACCCCCCAGGCUGGCUUAGAAGGGGGGGUGGGGGGAGGUCUGCUCCUUCCCUGCCAGCCAGAGCAGCCUCGGGGGUGAAAGGGGCAGUGGGGGCUUCCUGGGGGUGUGUGUGUCCCCCAACACAGCCCCUUUGGAAGAGAUUUUUUUUUUUUCUGGUUUUUCACCCCAGGGAUGAAAAUUAAGGGUUGUGGGGGGGGGAGGUGUGUGUGUGUGGGUGUCCCCUGGGAGGGGGGAGCCCGGCUGCUGGGGUUUGCCCAGUGCCUGCUCGGGUUUUGAUUCAAACCAGCCGGAUUUGGGUUCCAUUUCAGACAAUUAGGAACAGAUUGAAGCUUAAUGCCAAUAAACCUCCAAAAAAAAAACCCACAAAAAAAAAAAACCAACCCCAAACCACCACCAUCAUCAUCCCCCCCCCCGGGGGU